AUAGGACACAGCUGUGCUGAUAGAGAGAGAGAGGGAGGGAGCGAGGAGAGGAAGUGUCUAUGAUGUGACAGUUAGUCAAGAAUAGACGGCGAUGUCAGAGAUGAACACUGCUCUGUGGUGCACUAUGUGAUGUACUGUUUACAGUAAACAGAGAUCAAGGACCAUGGCAUACAGUGUGAGUUUCAGUGUCAACAUUUGUCAAAUGGAUUCAGACUAUGAGAACCUGGGAGAAGAAGAACCAGGUCAGGACUCCUUCCAGCUCGUUGGACAGCCAGAAGCCAGCACCCAGAGGUGUCCUGAAACCCUACAGAUGGACGUUUUUAGGGAAUGCACAGACAACAUGAGAGUUGAGACGCUUGACAGGGAGCAGAUGAACUGUCUGCAGAGGCACCGCUGGUCAGCUGCUACCCUAAAGGUCCUCUCCUCGAUGCCCAGUCGCAUUGCUGGGACAAAUAGUACUGCAGUAGUUUCCCGUCGUGCCAGACACUCAUCUCAGCUACACCGACACCAGACCUCCUCCCAUGAUUCUUCUCACCCCUCCAGACCAAUCCAGGAUGACACUGUCCAGGCUGAUAUGGAGGAAAUCAGUAAUGAAGAAAACAAGAGGGAGCAGUUGGUGUCCAACCUCCGAGGCCUCACAGUGAGUGAGGGCAUGCGCAAGCUGCGAGCCAUGCCGCUUAGCCUGGCCGAUAAGAUGGAAAUCAGACAGCUUGCUUUCAGUGACGUAGCUGGAAGUUCACUCAGAAAUAUUCCGUGCUCCAGUCGUCUAAGCGUGUAUAUUUCGAGGACUGGGCGUCACUGCCUGUACAGCUGCCUCCCUGUCCUCAGUUCCCUCCAGUUGUGGCAUUCACCUAUGAAGCGACUGAGCGGACGUUUCGGAACCGGAGUGCUCUCCUACUUCCUGUUUCUGCGGACCCUCCUGCUCUUUAACCUCCUCCUCUUCGUCAUCAACGGCCUGUUCCUGGUCUUGCCUCAAGCCAUCAACCCUCCUCCUCCUUAUGACUCUCAUCUCGACACUUUGACUGGCCUUGAGCUUCUCACAGGCACAGGUUUCCUCUCUGAGAGUGUGAUGUUUUACGGUUACUACACCAACACCGUCAUCAAAACUUGUCGAGCUGCUGACUCGAGCCACAGCUCCACUUCUGAAUCAUGCGAUACCGACAAGUCCCAGAUAGUGCCAUACAGCAUACCUGCAGCCUAUUUAUUUACUAUCGCCAUCGCCUUCUUCAUUAUCUGCAUCAUCCUGGUGUACAGCAUGUCCACGUCCUUGGGGAGAAGUUUUCGUGUCCUCAAGUCUAAUGGGAAUCUGGCUGUAAACGUUUUCUGCUCCUGGGACUUUAAAGUCAGCAAAAAGAUGUCUGUCAGACUCCAGUCUGAGAAAAUCAGCACUGAGCUCAAAGAGCUGCUGUCUGAGAUGAUCAGUGGAGAUGAUGCAAAGAGCUGCAUGCAGCGACUCUGCCGCCUCAUAGUGCAUCUGAUAGCGUGGGUUACAUGUCUGGCCAGCAUCUCCCUGGGCACCAUGGCAGUCAACUACCUGUCAGAGUAUGCCGUUGACCAGAAUCCUUUCAGAGAAACUAAGCUGCUGCUCCUGUCUACAGUGGUGUCAGGCAUUAACCUGUUGUUGCCCGGCCUGUUCAACCUGUGUGCCUGGGCAGAAAAUCAUGAUUCACCCAGUGUGCGAGUCUAUGUCUCCAUCUUCAGGAACCUGUUGUUGAAGGUCAGUAUUGUUGGAGUGCUGUGCUACCGCUGGCUGGGGAGAAUUGCUGUGGAACCAGAACGAUGGAAUUUACAGUGUUGGGAAAGCUUCGUGGGGCAAGAACUGUAUUGCUUGCUCCUGAUGGACUUUGUCUUCACAGUGCUUUACACUUUUUUGGGAGAGUUCCUGUGGAGGCUCUUUUCCAUGCAAGUGCUGAAAAGGAACAGGAAGCCAGUGUUUGACAUCGCUCGUAAUGUGCUGGAGCUUAUAUACGGACAAACUCUUACUUGGCUCGGAGUGCUGUUUGCUCCACUGCUUCCUGCAGUCCAGAUCAUAAAACUGUUUAUGCUGUUUUACAUGAAGAAGAGCAGUCUGCUGCUCAACUGUCAGGCCUCCAGAAAGCCCUGGAGGGCCAGUCAGAUGACAGCACUAUUCCUCUCUCUUUUGUGCUUCCCCUCAUUUCUUGGUGCUGCUGUGUCUGUCGCAUACACAGUUUGGAUGAUUAAACCCUCGUCAGGGUGCGGCCCUUUCAGGAAUCUCACCACAAUGUUUCAGUCAGGACAACUGUGGGCCCAGGAGCUGGAGAACGCCCACCCGAUCCUGUCUUGGCUCAGCUGGGCCUAUAACUAUCUGGUGCAGAACCCAUUGUUCUUAUUCCUCACCACUGGAGUCUUUCUACUGGUGAUAUACUUUCACACUCAAGUUGUUGAUGGCCAAAGGAGAAUCAUCCGUCGGUUAGAAAAGCAAAUAGAAAAUGAGGGUAAGGACAAAAGGUUCCUCAUCAUCAAAUUGCAAGCUAUCAGUGAACAGAGUAGUCUGGUUUCCCCUCAUAGAUAAGUCUGUAGCUGAACAACACUCACAACAUACUGUAGCAAUGACAAGAUAUUAUCUCAUCAGUGACAACCAUCUUUACUUUGAUAUUAUCUCCUCUAUGCCAAGAUGGUUGCCAACAUUAUCAGGAAUGUCACCUACAACCUACAAUGAUAACAAAAGCAAAACCAGUAACAUGUAUUGUUAUUUUCAAAUAUAUUCCAUAAUGUUUGGUAAGUCCUUUUUAAUGUACUGCUUGAACACAAACAAAAUCUGGAUAUUAGCACUAUUAUGGCGCUGUUAUUAUAUUUAUAUAUACAUAGAUCAAAUUGUAGGUCAGGAUGUAUAUUUUUUUAUGUGUAAAAAGUUUAUGAAUAACGAUCUUAAAUGUGUUGUAUGAAAAGACGAAAUAAAUUUGUUUGAACGCG